AUGCCUAAUCAAAAGCAAAUGGAAAAUGGAUUGUCUCCCCCAUUAAUUGAGAAUGGUUAUUGUAAUAAUUCAUUAGAAAAAAUCCAAAAACAAAAAAGAAAGAGAACACCGAGGGAAUGGUUUAAAAAAUAUUUUUGGGAAGGUCAAAAACUUCAUGGAAUUAGUGAAGAAGAAAAACAAAUACCUCUUCCUUCUAAUGCCACUUUUGAGCAAAAAAUGCUUAUAAAAUACAAAAACUUUAUUGCUUUACUUAUUCCUUUUAGUGUUGCACAAUUUAUUUGGUGGAGUUCUGCAAUUAAAUACAACUUUUUUUCUCUUUAUUCAACACAUUGGCAAAUGCCAUUAACAAUGGUUGUUGGUUCUAUUAUUGCAGGAAUGACUAGUGAAGGUGGUGGGGCUGUUGCCUUCCCUGUGAUGAUUUUCAUUCUGCACACAAAACCUCACACAGCACGCGAUUUUAGUAUUAUGAUUCAAGCAAUUGGAAUGACAAUGGCAUUUUUUGUUAUUAUUUUUAUGAGAAUUCAAAUUGAGUGGAGGGCUAUUAUAUUUGGAACUAUUGGGGCUAUACCUGGGGCUUUAAUUGGAUUUACUUUAAUUGAACCUUUAUUUAAUCCCCAAACUGAAAAAAUGCUUUUUGUGAGUAUUUGGUCUUCAUUUGCCAUUUCUCUAUGGAUUUUAAAUUGUGAAAAGAAAAGGAAAACUUUCAAUACAAUUGAAAAUUUUUGUUUUUGGAAAUGCAUUAUACUUAUUUUGACUGGAUUUAUUGGCGGUAUUUUAAAUUUUACUGUACCUAAUUUUUCUCGUUUUUAUGUGUCUUUACAUCUUUUGCUGGAAGCGGCGUUGAUAUUUGUACAUUCUCAACUUUAA